ACUAACGGAAACACCUCACUGCUAGACCCCGAGGAACUAUCGCGAAGUUAGAAACGUCUUAAGUUGAGCGCUAUUCGCUGUUGCUCGUGCGUCUUGACCGAUCAGAGUUAUGCAAAAAGAACAGGAAGGAAGAAACUGUUUCUAGUGUUUUUUUAGUGUGUAUUUUUCGAACCAUGAGGGGUGGAUAUGUACUAUGUGUUUCUGUGCUGUGCAUUCUAGUUGGAUAUAGUGAAGGACAUGUAGCAUUAACGUUUCCACCAGCCAGAAAGUACGACUUGGAUUUUUUGGAUAAUUCCAGGACUAAGGCGCCAUGUGGAAUGCCGAAAGGAAACAUAGCCACAUCACUUCUAACUGGUAGCAAAUUCAACGUGUCAUGGCAUUUGGGAUAUCCCCAUAAGGGAGGAUUCAAAUUGCAAUUGUUAGACCAACUUGAAAGGCCUGUCCUGGAUUUGACGCCAUCAACUCAAGGUUCCGAAUUUCUCUCUAACGAUGCAACAGCGCAAGCAUUUCAAGUACAGUUACCAAACGAUUUUGAAUGCAAAGGAUGCACGAUUAGACUCAUUAGGCAAGCACUGGAAUGGGGACCAAAUUACAGAUUCUGGUCUUGUGCCGAUGUGGACAUCAAGCAACGCAGAGAAUAUAGGGAAACCUGCAGUGGCCAUGGAAGGAACAUCUUGGGACGCUGCAAAUGUGACAGGCUUUACUAUGGGCCCCGUUGUCAAUAUAAGGAUGAAUGUCUGGAGGACAUAGAUUGCGGAGGGCAUGGGAAAUGCGUGGAUGUUAAAGCAACUACUGCCCCAAGACAACAAUGUUUCUGUCAACUCGGUUGGUACGGACCUGGAUGUAAUAAAAAAUCACCAAUCCGAAAUACUGAAAUUGACUUCGAGCUGUAUACAAUGAAGGAAUUCAGUAAAAACUUCAAAUUCUACUGGAGAAUCCUCAAAGAGCAGAAGGAAAUCGAAGCUGUUAUGGUGGUGAAUGGAACCGGGUACGCAGGUGUAGGGUGGAGACCUACUUCCCUGACCAAGAGCUGUAAAAACUUCCCUCUCAUAGAAGGACCACCAACUUCUUCCAUAGAAGAAGGUAAGGCAGAACCCGAACCGACAAGCGAGCCUAAUUCCGAACCCGAACCAAACGCGGAACCUAAAAGUGAGCCAGAACCCAAAAGUGAACCAGAACCCAACAGCGAACCUGAGCCCACUUCGGAACCAACUGCGGAACCCAAAAGUGAGCCGGAACCAAACAGUGAACCAGAACCCACAUCGGAACCAACGACAACUAGCACAGAAAAGUCGAAGUAUAGAAAAAGUUUGUACUCUAGAAGAUCAGCAUCCCCAACGCCUUCAAUUGAAACUGGACCAGAUGUUGUUAAAACUAGCGUAUCCUUCAAGGUUAGCAGGAAAACAGGACGCUCUAGGAGAUCUCCAGAAGAACCUACCGCCGAACCAGAACCCAAACAAGAAGGUGAAGCUGCACCUGAGCCCACAUCAGAACCAAACUCGGUGCCAGAGCCGAACACAGAGCCUGAACCCAAAUCAGAACCCACCUCAGAACCCAAAUCCGAACCUGAACCCACAGCUGAACCUCAGUCAGAACCCGAACCUACUGCUGAACCAAAAUCCGAACCUGAACCCACCGCAGAACCCAAAACAGAACCCGAACCCACUUCCGAACCAGAACCUAAAUCAGAACCUGAACCUACAUCCGAACCAGAACCUAAAUCAGAACCUGAACCUAAAUCAGAACCAGAACCAUCCGCAGAACCUAAAUCUAAUGCCGAACCUAGAUCACAUGCAAAUUUAGAAGUAGCACCAAAAGUAGAAAAAGAAAAGAUGCGAGAACCACUCAACCCAUACACUCCAAGACAUGAUUUCAAUCCCAUGGAUUGCACAGACAUGGUCAUUGGUAUGGCAAGAGGUACUGCUAGCCGAAUUUUCGACUACUACACUCGCGAUAGAUCAACACCAAGAACUGAUACCUUCUGGGGAGGACAGAAUGAUCUUACAGGAGCUCUCGGAUUCGAGAAGGAUGGGGUAACCACAAUACUCUUCAGAAAGAAGCUGGAAGCCAAAGAACCCACAGAUCAUUCAAUAGAAAACGAAUUGAUGCAUGUCAUUUGGGCGCAGGGUCAAGAGAAAGGUAAAUACGUACAUGUUCCAAAGUCAGGGGUGGAGACAGCUGAAGCGUCUGUCAAAGAUUUCUACAGGCCUGAUGAGCUGAAAUAUCAUGGACACGGUGGACAGAGAGGUGUCACCACUAUCAACUUUCUAGAAGAAGAAAAUAAGGAGAUUGUUCCUGCUGGUGAAGGAGCGACCAGUGAUACAGCAGAAAAUAGUAACUGUGGAGGUGAAUGGAAAACUCCCCGUAAUUGUGAUCCAGCCAAUUUCACAUGCGAAUACUCAGCAAAGUGGGAGUACCUACCAAGAAGCGACGAAAUUAAAUUCACCAUUACAACGUCACACACAGAUAAAUGGACUGGAAUUGGAUUUUCUGACAAUGAAAGAAUGUCACAAACCGAUGCCAUCCUAGGUUGGGUCGAAAAAACAGGACGUUCUUUUCUCAUGGACACUUGGGUCAUUGGGUACUCUAUGCCAUCUGUAGAUCCAACGCAGAAUAUCGACAAUAAAGAAGGAAAAGUAGUAAACGGUGUAACGAUACUGUCAUUCACGAGGAAAAGGAAUACAGGAGAUCCCAAGGAUCUAGCCUUUACAGACGAUAAAUGUUUGUUUAUGAUGUUCCCUGUGAGAGGGGGUGAAUUCCAUUCUGUGAAUAAAAAGACGAAGAAACACGAAGCUGUACCAGUAGUAUCUUCACAAAGGAUAUGUAUCAAAUCUUGUGGAAAUGAUGAAAUGUACGACGUUGUCGCAACAACGGAAACCCCAGGUCUAGGAUACAAUAUCGAAUUCAAAAUUCUGGAUCUGGGUGAAAACUUCGUAAUACCAGAACCAGGAUCUCUGCAGUAUACGGAUCUAUCUAAUUCUAUUCAAGAAAACUUCAAUCCCAUAUUCAGAAAACUACCAGGUUACAGAAGAGCAUCAGUAAUGGAUCUGAGAGAAGAAAAUAAACAACUAGUAGCAGCUAUGAACGUCCAACUGGAUAAAGCAGCAGUGGAAAAAGGCAGAGCACUAUCUGAUGAUACUCAAGGAAACGACGGUAACGUUUACAAAAUUCUACAAGAAAGUGUUCAGAGUGGAAAAAUUGGCAAUCUCAAAGUUGAUCCAAAGUAUUUGGUCUUCGAACCAAUAAGCGUUACUUCGAACCUCAUACCAGAAGCAUCGGAGACAAGGGAUUCAUUCUUCAACUUCACAGAAACAAAACUAUACAUCGUGAUAGGCUGCAUAGCAGCAUUGCUCUUAGUAGCUAUAGUACAAGCAAGUUGCACCAUCUACAAAACAAGUGGUAGCACCCCCAAAAGUCACAAGGAUCACCUUAUACCAAACUCCGCUUGGAAAGAUUAUUCAGCAAACACAAAUUACGCCUUUGACGUUUACGAAGCAGAAGAGAAAAAACAACCUCCACAACAAAUAAACGGCAAAUCCCGGCCAGAAAAUGCAACGAACACCCAAAAAUCAGGACAUAGGAUCCAAAGGCCACAAGGUCGACCUCCUAGUGUACCAAACCAGCCGCCAAAUAUGGACCAUACCAGGUCCUUACAAAGGCCAGCAAGGGGGUCCUACCCUCCAGCAAAUCAACCUGAUAGAAGCACCUUCUCGUUGCCUAGAACAGCUUACGAUAGGCAUAGGCCAACUCCCAAUGACAUGCAACCAGAUUUCUACUUCAUGCCUAGUCAGAGGAAGUAUUCUGGAGAGGUAGUAAGGGUGUAUGUUGAUUACAAUAAUCAACCUAAAUGAAAUACCAAUAUAGGUAAUACUUAAUGGAUUUGGUUCAUAAUAAUCAAUAAUAAUUACUUAUAUGAGUAUGAGAGUACUCGUAAUUGUUUUGAAUGAAGUAGGAGACAUAAUGUGGAGUUACCUAAUAAAACCAUGCGGGAAAGCUCAAAAAAAUCAAUGGUAAAAUUGAAUUUCCCGAAAAUGAUCAUAAAUAUUUACGCUGGCCAACAUUGAAUUGGUACUACAUUAUUCCACAAUACAAAAAAAUAUUUGUUGAUGACUAUGAUGUUUAACUAUGUUAUAUAAAUAUGAUAAAUCAGAUUUAGUUUCUUCAACCAUAAUAUAUCAUAUUCUGCCGGAAUGUCCAGAUGACUGCAUUUUUUAUCAUACUUUCAAAAUGUUGACUUGUAGUGAAAACCAAAAAUUGACUUGACCCUCAAGAAUCUAUCUUUUUCCCAGUGCUAUAGAUAUUCUGAAUUAUUUGAACCAAAUCCAUCAGUAAAAUUUUGUAAAUAAAUAAAGACUGCUGAGGACUAUUUCAUAAGAAAGCUGUCAGUGCUUCCCAUGUUUCUUCAAUGUGCAAUUAUUCAAGCAUCAACAUGGUACAAACAUUUUUGUUACUGACUAUUCUUUUCAAGAUGGGAGAUGCAUGGAAAUGUAAAUGAAAAAAACUAUUUUUUUUUGUUGCAUUUAUUUAUUAAGUACCUUAAAUGUUGAAAUUUAUAAAAUGUUUACUUACUAUGGAACAAUAUAUUUAAUAUUAAGAUUUAA